CCUUCGAAGUUCGAUCGGUCCGAGGACAGCUGGGAGAAAGUUCUUGAAGGGGGAUGUUCCGAAACAGUGUAUAAGUACUCUCGUAUAAGGGUGAAAGGCCAUCCAGGCACCUCGAGGCAUGACGAAGGCAUACUGGUUGAACGUGGCCCUUCUCAGGGUCAUUCUACCAGCCAUCUUAGCUGGAUGUACGAUAUGGCGACCAGUGGGAUUGUCGAUCGUUUACCUGGGACUGAUGCUUUAUUCUCCAAUGGUCCCAAUACCGACGCACAAAACCAUGACAGGCCACACCGGAAUAUACCUAAAGACUUGCAUUUGCCUAGCCUUUCUUGUAGUCAUAGCUCAGAUCACCUUUCACAUUGUUCUUUUGUCACUACCGCCCUAUGGUUAUUUUCUACAAAACUGCGUGUUUUUGGAGAAGCUCUUCAGACACAUAGGCUUUGUCAAAUUAGAUAGCGCAUCAGUAUGGGAAGUUUUUUACUGGCUCACGCCGGAAUUGUUAGUCUUACCCACCGUUCUUGCCGUAUAUUUUAUAUGCCGUUUCCUUACGCAAAGAGAUGUUAACGAUGAACAGAAUGAAGCUGCUCGUCAGCAGGAAAAUGAUUCUCAGCGACAGAAAACGGAAGACAGUACCGCGAAGAUAAUCAAUUUCUUGGGAAAUAUCGGUACCUACGUUGUAUUAGCAUCAUUAUGCUGUGUCGCGGCAUUGAAGCCAUCGAUAGAGGCGUCUUUCUACUUCCUGGUGUUCCUCGGCGCCGCUACGUGCUGGGCAUGCAACAAAGAACUGCGGAAGGGAUUUUCCGUGAUCUGCAGGAUCAUCAUGGUCAUCGUGAUCGUGCACAUCGUUACGUUGCUCGCUUACCAGAACGAAUGGCCACAGGAGAUUCUGCCGGUAAAUGGUACUUGGUCACGUUACCUGGCCCUGGCUGCAGUUUAUCACACCAAUUGCAGCGAUCCGCGAAACGUGGAGUAUACAGAUGAUGCCGAUUGGUUGAUUUACGGAUACGCUUUGAGAUUGUUCUGGCUCUACUACAUCCUUGCGUUGCAGUCGCAAUUUCUCAGUAGGAAACCGGCGUUACAGGCGAAAGAAGCAAAACGAUUAAGCGGCAGGCUGGAAAAUCUAGACACUCCAUUGUCCAGGCACGUGUCUAUCAGGCGCAGGACACCUUCCCAAAGAUGGCAAUCAGCUCGACGUAAGGCUCGCAAGCCGGUCGUAGAUUCGCCGUUAGCAACGAUCGACGAGCGAACGCCUCUGAUGCGAUUUGGAUCUGGAAGAGCAGGGCUUCUUCAAGAUUCCGCUACUGGAAGUAUCAUUGUUAAUCAAGAUGGUCAGCAGGACGACAACAUACAAAUGCAGAGUCUCAGUGAAGGAACGUCUGAUGAAACGCAGGGCAUCGUUGAGCAAAUAAUUAUGGCAGUAUACGCUAUCUUCCAAUUAAUAGCAAAUUCAUCAUAUCUUGCUACAAAUAUAAUAAUGAUGACGUGGAGUAUAAUGUAUCACAGCUGGACAACAUUCGUUCUGCUUCUAUGGGCGCUAAUUCUAUGGAUGGUUCCCAAUAAACGUGCUUCCAUGAUGAAGUGCUCUCCCUUCAUCGUGUUCUACGCGACUCUCUUACUUCUCGGACAAUAUGUAUACAGUAUGGAGCUAAACGAUGAAGAAUUGCCGAUAGAAAUAAGCGACGUAAAGAUUUCUGAAAUUGGCUUUAGUAAAACCGAGUACCGCUGGCACCUCAUAGUUAAGUGCCUAUUUAUAUCGAUGUUCUGGAUUACUAUGAGGCAAUAUAUGGCAGAACGAAAGCAACAGCGACGAUCUUCUGCUCUGAGGGACAUGGUAGCGCCAUUACACGUAUCUGUCUCGACGGCUACAACCGCCAUGAAUCACGAGGUGACAGAAAUCAAGAGUAAAUUUAUGAAAAAUGUCGGGAAACUGUUGCAAGAUUUUAUGACAAGAUUCUGGAUUGCUAUCGUAGCAAUCAUGCUGUUCAUCUGCGGCAUUACGGGCGAACGUAUGACCAUGUUUAGAAUCGUUUACAUGUCACUAUUUCUCAUCUUCGUCAUCACAUUCCAGGUAUCGUAUUGGGAACCUGCACGGCCUGAGAGCUCGUUUAGACGCGCCAGCCUAGGAUAUUCUCCUAGCUUAAAUAUUCCAGUAUCUUCACCAACUGAUGUUACACUCACCGAGAACGAGAAACAUACGAUAUACACACUGAAGCAAUUAAAACAUAUGUCAAAAUUAGAAAGAAUUGCACUGUUACGAAAAGUGACGAAGCAUCUCGUAAAUUUUUACAAUUACACCUGGCUCUUCCUCGAAAUACACAUGCAGAAGAUUGUUUUCAUUUCAUUCGUUCUUCUGUGCAUCAAUGAUGUGUGCGCAAUAAAUUUCUUUUUCAUCGCCGCCGUGGUCAUAGUAAUCAAUUUCGAAAGAAACAUACAGAUAAAAUCAAUUAACGCGAUGGCUGCUAUAGUAUCGCUUCUCAUGGUCACCAAAAUGUUGUAUCAAAUUCAAUACAUUAAUCAUAAAAACUGGAACGUCAACUGCACUAAGCCCGAUGAGGAUCAUGAGUAUGCAAGUAACAAUACCGAAUACAAUAUAGCCGAAUGGUUUGGAAUGAAGAAAGCAGAUCCGGGUAUGCUGCCGGACCUGUUGAAAGGCUACAUCGGCAUCGUUACUGUGACGACUUUUAGGAAAAUUAUCAGAGUCCGUCAGUGGUUUUAUCGUCAUAAUAAAGGAGAAUCAUUGGACACUCCUCAAGUAAUGUUCCCAACCAUCACCAGAAUGGACGCUGACAAAGGAAUACCGGAGUGCUUAAAGUUCCUGUUCAACUACGGUUUCUACAAAUUCGGUCUCGAAAUGUGCCUCAUGGCGAUUGUCACGCUGAUCGGCACGAGACUGGACUUUUACUCCGUCUUGUACAGCAUGUGGUUGCUACUAUUUUUUUCGUUGAAGAGGAAAACUGUGGCACGAAUUUGGCCCUGUUUUAGAUCUUUCGCCAUAAUUGUUCUACCUAUUCAAUACGCCAUCGUUGUGGCUCCACCUUCGUGGCUUUGCAUAGAUUAUCCUUGGAACGAAUCUAAAAUAAUGAGAGACUUGCAGGAAUGGAUGUAUCUGCCUGAUCCGGAUUUCCAACCGAAUUCUAGAAAACUGAUUUAUGACUUUAUCUUACUACUGAUGAUCGUACGGCAGAGUCUUGUCUUCCACAUUGAACAACAAAAUUUGCAAUCUGGCAGUAAUUUUGUGGCUGGUCACAAUUAUUCCGUUUUCCAGGAUAUGGAAAAACCAAAUUUUGUGAAUCCUGUAAAGGAUUACGUGUCGCACAUUCAUUCCUGGCUGGAUGUAGUCAAACGUGGUAGCAUGAUGAGUCUCAUGUGGGUGACCUUAUCAAUUAUGUUCCUGGCCGGAACGAAAAGAACGAAUCUCUUUUCGCUCGGCUAUCUUAUAGGAGCAUUUAUAUUCCUUUGGCAAGGAAGUAGCUUUUACUUAAGACCAAUGAGAACUAUCUUGAAAUGGUGGAACAUGCUGAUCGGAUAUUGUGUCAUUGUGAUUUUCUCAAAAGCUGUUCUACAAGGUGUGGGAUGUGUCUUCGAUAAAGACGUCAAACAUUCAGCCUGUUGGUUGGUGCAACUACUGAGUAUCGUAUGUCUGAACAAGUUCAAGAGCGAGAGUACCAAAGAGAUAGUGUUAGACCCGGACAAGUGUACUGUCACUACUGAAGACAUCGGCAUGGUUUGGGAUGGAUUGUGUUUUGCCUUCCUUCUGAUACAAAAACGACUCUUCAAGAGCUACUACUUCUUUCAUAUAGUAGACGAAACGAAAGCCAUGAGCAUUCUAGCGUCUCGCGGUGCGGAAUUGCUCGAAGAACUGCAUCAGAGGCGUAUAGAAAUUCAAGAGAAUGUGGAGAAGACCGUUUUAGAAAAAUUAAAGUUCAAGAUGGACAAGAUUAAGGCCAAUCAGCAAAGAAUACAGGGACCAUCUUAUAGAGACCCCCAGGCUCACAAAGUCGAAGAAAGACAAGCACCGCUGGCGAGAACCUCCAGCGUGAGCUCUUGCGUGUCGUCGGGUCACACGCCCCCGCAAGGAUAUCAAACGCCUCUGGAUGAGGACGACGACGAACCACCACCACUGACACCCCGGGCAGCGUCCUUAUUGCAGGCUCCGACACCGAAUUCCGCCGUCAUGACGGUGAGCCUCGAGGGCUACCUCGAGCCGACGCGUAUCUCGUUCGGUUCACCACCCAGUAGCGAGCUGAAUCCUCGAGGACCGUCGCCGGACGAGACAUUCCCGGUGUUCUCGCCCCCGCCUUACAAUCGGGGCACAUCAGUCGAUCGAUCGCUAACAUCUAAUAUGAGGCAUCGGCGUCAAUCCAGCUUGCCAGUUUGGUCGACGUGGAUGAACAGUGAUCCGCGCCAGUCGAUCAUCUCGACGGCCUCUCGUUCCCCGCACUCGCAUCAUACGUAUGAAUUAUAUCCAGGAACACGGCCAUUGUACAGAAUUCGUACGCCACAGAACAACAGAGAGGCAAUCAGAUCGGGCGACUACUACAUGUUCGACGAUAUGGAUGACGAUGACGUUACUGAUCUUAUUCCUGAUAGCGAUAUUGAAAAGAGGGAAAAAGAACUCCGUCGUGAGCUAGAGAAACAAGGAAGGAGAAUGACUGUUUCAGAGUUGAUGAACACGCUGAUUAAGACAGACAUUGAGAUCGCGACGCAUGUCGCCAUGUACGGAGGGACAGAAAAGGACGCCCUGAGACUCCGGCGUAGAAGCGUACCUUUGACACGGAAGAAAUCGUCCAUGUCUUAUCUGAGCGCUCGCUCCGAGACCGACACUGCUAUGGCCACCGAUGGUCCCGAUCGAACGAGUCUCACUUCAGUGGAAAUGGAAACGGAAGAGAAAGAAGCUACUGACUUGGCAAAAACACCGGAACCAUCGGACGGGGAAGAAGAAAAGAAAUUAGAAGUUAAGAAGAGCGACGAAAAGGAAGAAGAACAGAAGAAAGUCUCGUUCUUUACAUAUUUCAAGUUUCUCUUGGUGAUGAUUAACAGCACUCUGAUUUCGAUGACGAGAUAUCUAAAUCGAUUCUCCCACGACUACAGAUAUAUCCGCAAGGUUUUAGCGAAGGAAAAAAAGAUCCUAAAGGCAAAACCAGAUUUUAGAAUGGGAACGCGAUUAGGAAUUAAUCAAAUGUGGCAGCCGAUACCUCUGAUGCAGGAACGAUCAGCUACAAACGGCGAUACGGAGGAGCAGUAUGAUCCUGGAGAAGGUCCGAGCCAAUCGCACCCACAAGACGAAAGGAAGGAGAGCUCACUGGCAGUGCCGCACAUCCGAAUUCUGGCGCCGAGUUUGGAGCGAGGAUUGGACAUGUCCUCCUCCAGCACACUUUUCUCGCACGUCUUGGCAGUUCAGCAAGACGAAGAAAUUGGGGAACUCUCAGAAGUGGAUCAACCGCCCAUUAUACAGCUGGCAGCGUCUAUCUGGUUUGCAAUUUUGGCGCAUUCCAGUUUACUUUGUUACUUUAUGGUAUUUCUUCAUCAAAUUAAGAAUGCGUCUGUACUCUCGACACCAUUGCCGCUUAUGGUAUUCUUAUGGGGUUCCUUGACGAUCCCGCGACCCUCCAAAAAUUUCUGGGUGACAAUGAUCGCAUAUAUCGAGGCCAUUGUCAUAAUAAAAUGUAUAUUCCAACUGGAAUUCAUUUCUUGGAAUCGAAAGGCCCCACCAAACUAUCCACUAUACUUACCGAGGAUUUUUGGUGUUAUAAAAAAUUCUAAUUACGCUCUAUGGGAUUUAUUAUUGCUCCUCAUAUUAUUCUUCCAUAGAUUUAUGCUAAAAUCCUUGGGUCAAUGGACAACUACGUCCACUCUAAAACCACGAAAAAUUGUUCCUUCUCAAUUACCUGUAGUGCCGUUAAAGCCACCAUCUUCAGACAAAGAACAAGAAGUCGGCAUACAGGAAGAAAGCGAUUCUCAUGUAGAGAUAAAAGAAUCUCAAAAACAAUCUUCGAACCACCAUGUAGCAGAUGAUACAGAUAAUGUUCCGCCUAUGACAGAUGAGAACAAGGAAAUUAUACAAGGAGAAGAGCAUCCUCAUACAGCGCUUUCUAAAACGUUUCAUACAGCAAUUACUAAACACGCUAAACCAAUGAAAAACUUCUUUAAGAGAAUUAUUGAUCCAGCCGGCAAAGAAAAAACGAAUGUUUACGCCUAUAUGUUUCUUUGUGACUUCUUUAAUUUCUUAUUGCUUAUCUUCGGGUUUUCUGCAUUUGGAACUCAACAAGGCGAUGGUGGAGUAACAGCUUAUUUCCAAGAAAAUCGAGUGCCUAUGCCUUUCUUAUUAAUGUUAUUAUUACAAUUUGCUCUAAUUGUUAUCGAUAGAGCACUAUUUCUCAGAAAAUCUAUUGUGGGGAAGUUAAUUUUCCAAUAUUGCUUAGUAUUCGGUGUCCAUCUGUGGAUGUUCUUUAUUUUACCAAGCGUAACAGACAGACAAUUCAACGAUAAUCUUCCGCCACAAAUCUGGUAUAUGGUGAAAUGCUUCUAUCUUUUGUUAGCGGCUUAUCAAUUGCGACAAGGAUAUCCGACUCGAAUACUCGGUAAUUUUUUAUGCAAAAAGUACAGCAUUGUGAAUUACGUCCUAUUUAAAGGAUUUAUGUUAGUUCCGUUCCUGUUUGAACUUCGGGCAGUGAUGGAUUGGAUUUGGACUGAUACGUCCAUGACUGUAAUGGACUGGUUUAAAAUGGAAGAUGUCUUUGCCAGCAUUUAUCAAAUCAAAUGUAUGCGAGGAGUCGAAUCAGACUUCCCCCAACCACGAGGAGUAAAGAAAAAGCAAAUGAGCAAGUACUUGGUAGGCGGGAGUGUCCUCUUGCUCAUAAUUGGCUUAAUCUGGUUCCCUCUACUUUUAUUUGCCCUUGGUAGCACCGUUGGCACAUCCAACUUGCCUUACGAUGUAUCCAUGAAAAUACGAAUCGGUCCAUACGAACCAAUCUAUUCCAUGUCAGCGCAAGGCGACAGUUCUAUUAUCAAAUAUUCAGAAGCGCAAUACAAAAAACUUACCAAUAUAUACUCAACGGACAAGUCGGCUGUUACCUUCUUCGAAAAUUACGUUUAUUCUGACGUGGCUGCAGUUAAAUUCAGUACUUUCUCGGGAACACGUUGGGAUAUUUCGCCGCCUGAUAAAGAAAGAUUGAAGAUAGAAUUAGCCUCUAAUAAUACGAACGUAACUGUACACGUGGAAUGGACAGUUUCAAGAAAAACAGACCUCAAGGAUGCCAGUGGAGUCACUACGACGGUUCGUGACGUAAAAUUGUUUCCGUAUGUGGACGGAAAGUUCAAUCCUAUAAGACAGACAUUAGUGGAUAUGUUAAGCGAGGAUCCAAGUGCAACGAAUGCGACAAUAAUAUUGAAAAGCGCCUUUCCGAAAUUCCUCAAAGUCACCUCUAAGACCACCCGUGUUCCGUGGCAGCUAAUGGAACCGCUACAUUUCGCUUCGUUAGAUAAAUCUGACGAGGAAAGCUACCUUUAUCGAAACAUGAGUGUCCAAUUAUCAACAGACAAGGAAUGUUGUGAUCGUAAACAAUGGUGGAUAGUUCGUGAGGAAUGCACGGGCUCACUGUACAAAGAUUUUUUGAGCAAGAUACCAUUAAACGAUUGCAACAAUACCAUGAUGUUCCUGUUCAACGACAAGGCAUUCCCCGAGAGCUUAAGCUUUAUCAGCGGAUUUGGGAUCCUAGGAUUGUACACCACGGCGGUGAUUGUCAUAAGUCAAAUGAUGCGGAAAAUCGUCAGUGAUAUGGCGCCCAAGAUUAUGUUCGACGAUUUACCCUAUGUCGACAGAAUCCUUCGCCUCUGCUUAGACAUCUACUUGGUCCGCGAGAGCGGCGAUUUAUGCCUCGAAGAAGAUUUGUUUGCUAAACUGAUCUUCCUUUAUAGAUCACCGGAAACAUUAAUCAGGUGGACGAGACCGCCCGAAGAAGGAGAGCGAACAGAUAACGAGGAUCAAGAUGAAGAAGCAGAAGAAAUACUAGAUGAAGAAAGAAGACAAGCAGAACCAAGCAGAUUGUCUCAUCGUCAUUGAAUUGUGGGAAAUAACAAAAGUUCUUAAAUAAUUAAUGUUUUGUAUGCGCACUGUGCGCACCAGAUACUACGUAAUUAAUACAGGAAAUCUUGAAUACAUUUCUUCAAGAUUUUUUCCUUCAGAAUGAAUAAGACAAUAUUUACAGUGCAAAUUGUUUUUAAAAUCACUAUCAAAA